AUGAACGGGAGGGCCUUCUCCACUAAGGAAUUCAGAAAUUUGGCAGUUUAUACAUAUCUGUCUGUCUAUCUAUCUGUGUCUAUACAUAUCUAUCUGUCUGUCUGUCUAUCUAUCUAUUUUAUCUAUACAUAUCUAUAUGUCUAUCUAACGGAGUCUAUAUCUAUCUAUCUAACCGAGUCUAUACAUAUCUAUCUAUCUUUCUAUCUAACUGAGUCUAUACAUAUCUAUCUAUCUAUCUAUCUAACCGAGUCUAUACAUAUCUAUCUAUCUAUCUAUCUAACCGAGUCUAUACAUAUCUAUCUAUCUAUCUAUCUAACCGAGUCUAUACAUAUCUAUCUAUCUAUCUAUCUAACCGAGUCUAUACAUAUCUAUCUAUCUAUCUAUCUAUCUAACCGAGUCUAUACAUAUCUAUCUAUCUAUCUAUCUAACCGAGUCUAUACAUAUCUAUCUAUCUAUCUAUCUAUCCGAGUCUAUACAUAUCUAUCUAUACUUGUUCAUAGAAGGGCACCUCAGAUAACUCAAAUUUAA